AUGCGUUCUGCGGCCUCCCAAAGGGAGGAAAUACAGAAGAAGCUUCACCUGCUUCGCCUGGAGAAAGAACGGGAGCAAAGGGCCUUUGAUGAGCUUGCGUCAAAGAGCAAGGAAAUGACGGCUUCUGAGAUUGCUGAGGCUGCGCGUAAGAAGGCGGUGAGUGAGGAACCGACGUUCCUUAUGGUUGACGACACAACCAUCUCCGUGGGGGAUUACGUCCUCACGCUGGAUGAUGUGCAUGCACUGUGUGCUGCGGAGAACGGCAUCUUUGUCCCGGACCCUGUGAAACAGGUGUAUUUGGGGGAAAGAGGCAAAGUCAUACGUGUCCUGCCGUCGUUUCAGGGGAAGUCGGCUGUGGAAAUGCGCUUCGCUGACGGUGCUGUUAAGAUAUUUUUGACCGAAUGCCUGGCAGUGGGGCACAACGUAAGAAAAACACAGCGGAAGACGUCUUCGACGACAGCGCUAACAACAACAUCAGUAAUGACAACGACGACAGCGAGCAAGCCAACUGACGUUGAUCCCAAUACUCUUCGCGUGCCGGGGUUUGUUGCACCGUCCAAGCCCGAGCCUCUUCCCCAACCGACGUGGAGCACGCUUGACUUGCCCAGAUGUAAGGCCGGUCUGAAGGAAAACAAACAGUCACUGAAAACAGCCACAUCGACAACAACAGCGCAAAAAACAACAUCUACAACUACAACCGCAACGGAAUCAACAACUAACAAGACUACGUCAAUGAAAUCGACCGUUGCUGAGGACAGCGACAGUGUGAGGACCGAUAACGGCAGAGUGGGAUUGAAGGAGGGUACACCACCUGAUGCUAAAAAUGGCCAGAGUGACCAAGAAGUGAAGCGGAAGAAGUCGCUGGAUAAAGAGUCACGCGCAGGUGGGGUAAAGGGUAUCGGGCUUGUGAAGGAGGUGCUGUUGGAGCGGCGAAUGCAGAUUCCUCUGGGGGAGCAGUUGGGAAGCCCAAUAAAUUAUGACGAGGCACGUCAGGUGCCGUUGGUAAGCCAUGGGGAGCAUGACAAUCUUCUUAAGACACCGCGUGUAGAUUUAAUGUCGUACGUGCCUUCAAGACGCGCAACGUCUCCUGUGGAGAGCAAGAAGAGCAGAGGUGCCAUACCGACCAGUUGCCCCACAAACUAUAAACCACGCUUCUCGAUAGGCGAUAAGUCUACGAGAAUACCACGACUGAACAGCGCAUCACUUUCAGUGGAUGCCAAGCGUUGUAGGGUGGCGGGGCUACUCCCAAACCAAAGUGCCCUCGAUUUUCAGCCCAUUGUGUUCCAGAAGAGUGACGAUACUUUAGAUGCGGUGCUGUCUGUUGUGACACAGGUGCUAAAGCGGAGCACUAUGGGCCACCAAGCAAGGCGGUUAUUUACUGUUGAAGGAACGGAGAUCACACAGGUGAACGCCAUUCGAAACAAUAUGUGCCUCGUGGCAACUUCUGGUGAAGUGUACUCCACUGGUCCAACCGCAGGGGUGAAGCCUCGUCGUCUUCCCACUGCGGCAGCUGCACCAGGUGAUGCUGUACAGAGCAAGACAGCCGAUCAACGCCACACACCGACGCCGGUGUCUGCAAAAGGAACCACUACCACUACCACUACCACCAAGACCAAUGCUACCACCAAAACGACCACCACAAGCACACCGCAUUCCCGCGAGGUGGCGCCAGGGAAGGGCAUACCAAAACCUAUUUCCGUGCGGGUGUUCUCAAAUGGGGAGUAUGGUGACAAACAUACCGAUCGCUUUCCUUUCCGUACGAUAACCCUCCGACCAACUCACAAAACAAUGAAAGCGGUUUUCAAUACAAUUGAGCGCGAGUUGGAAUGGCAUCCUCUUGGAAAGAGGGUAGAAAGUAUUUACGAUGCAACAGGUAGUGAAAUAACGUCCAUUGAGAAGCUGCAUAACGGUCAGGCCGUUGUGGUAUCAACAGGCGACCGGUUCGUUAUUCCUCACCCAAGUAGUGUGCUGCACGAAGACGUAGUGAAAAUUUUGGAAUCCUCCAAUCCUGUGCCUUCGGUGACGCAUACCCGCCCCGCAAUGUAG